GCCAUUGUGGUACCGUUAACAAUGGAUGCUAAUGAGAAAUCUUUUGUUAAAUAGUACCAACAUGGCCGCGAUGACGUAACGUGCGAACGAAGAAUAGUUGAAAAUAGUGAUAUAUAUAUACACACAGUACAUGGUUGAUUGUUCAAUAUAGUUCAUUGCAUCGCAAGUUGUAAUUUGGACAGGUUCUUGAGUCAAUAAUAUUGACUGUUGCCUAGCACGUGUGUUAUAUGUAGCUCAUUUGCAAGCCACACGCUCACGCAACAUGGCACGGCUUUGUUUUCAUGCCAUUCACUGAAAGUACACAAAGGUUUUUAACAUAAUUACACGUGCUCUUAUUUUCAACACAUGCAUCUCACAUGGAAAAGAAGGAAAAUACUUUUUCGGCGCAUUUCUGAAGCCGGAGUGUUGGAAUUGGUGAACCUGAUAUCUUCUCAUCACAAGGCAAGAGUACAUCCUCUUCGUCGUCUUAGCGUCGGCGAAGAACAAGAAAUGAAAGAAGUUAAUCACAAUCAAAACAUCAAAACAAGAAAAACUUCUUGGCAACAAAUUGGACAAGAGGUCAAAGCUGUUUCACGGUGGAAGACCUACAAAAGUUCUAUGCGUGAUCAUUCUCUUGAAGGAUAUAUCAAUAGAACAGCUGAAAGGCCAAGAGUAGUACACGAUUCAUGUAAAAAUCUCUCCAAGAAAACACAACUUUGUGUUCUUGAUAGUGAUGUAGACAAUCUAGGAGAACAGAACUUUUCACCGUAUGACGCGUUUGGUUGUCUGAGACAAUCGGUAUCUCACGGAGUAACACCAGAGGAGGCCCUGAUCAGCAGUAAAACGAUGAUAAUUUACUUUGCCAAACUUGCAAAAGCAAGCUUAGAAGAGGAGCAAGUAAUUGAUUUUGAUUUCUUGCAAGAAUUGCUAGACGAAGGAGCAGAUAUCAACUUCACGGAUAGUCACGGUCAGACUGUCUUUCACGAAGUAGCGAGAAUAUGGAAUGUUGAUGUUGCGAAGUUUAUGUUAGAAAAUGGUGGGCUUGUGAACAACGCUGAUGAUUAUGGUCGAACACCGUUGCAUGUUGCAUCAGCUGUCGAUUAUCCUGAGAUGAUAGAGUUCUUAAUCACUAACCAAGCAAAUAUCCAUGUCAAGACCAAAGGAGAGAUGCAAACACCAAUUCACUAUGCUGCUAAGAAUGAUGCUGGGCAGGCUUUGAAAAUGCUGUUAAAGCUUGGAGCAAACGUGGAAGAUAGAGACUAUAAAAACAGAACACCAUUACAAGUGGCAGCUGAAUUAGAUCGUUCUGAUACAGCAAAGUUAUUGAUAGACAAAGGCACUUCUGCAGGUGUUCAAGAUGAUAGUGGAAGUUGUGUAUUGUCAUUAAUGAUUUCAAAGAUGCCACCAGUUGCAAAGGAAGCAUUGGAUCAGUUUCAUUCCGCAGACCGUGCAAAUAGAAAGCAGUACUAUUAUUUGAAUUAUUUGGAACCUUAUAAACCACCGAAAGGAGGCGAAUGUCAUGCAAAGACUCCUUUACAGUGUGUAGUGAGUUUCAAGCAAAUGGACCUUAUCAUGCAUCCAGUAUUUCAAAGACUUAUUGACGUGAAAUGGCAGCAAUUUGGUCGCAGGGGAGUGGUGCUUCAGCUGCUGGUUCAGCUGUUUUAUGUCUUCAUUUGGACUGCUUUAGCUGUAACACUUCAUUUACGAGAGGGUGCAAAUUUCUACAACCCGCUUUCAAAAUACUGGUGGAGAAUUGUGCUAGAAACAAUAGCCUGUAGCAUGACAGUUUACUUUAUUCUGCAAGAGUUCUUGGAGAUAAGUGCUUCAAAGAAAGCCCAUCGUAAGUGGCAGCAUUGGAGAAUUCAGGAACUACAAAAAGACCUUAAGUUUUGCCACCCUCGCUGGCCAGAAGAAAGGAAAUAUCUAGAAAUGGAGCUACGCGAAAUUUCGGAAUUGGGAAUUUCUUAUUUUAAUGACGCCUGGAAUUAUUUUGAUUGGGUUACUUAUGGCUGGGUUUUGGGUAUGAUUGUAACGCGUGUUCUUGACGUGGCCAGUAUUACUGGUCUUCAUCUCAGAAUAUCAGCCGUGGGGAUUAUUUUCGUUUGGCUUCGACUAAUGAAAGCCUUUAGAGCUUUCUCCACUUUGGGUCCUUUCAUCGUAAUGAUAGGACAUAUCAUAGAUGAUACAUUAAAGUUCGCCGUUUUAUUCAUUGGUUUUUAUAUUCCGUACGUUUGUGCUUUCUGGAUCCUUUUUGGAGGACCUGAGAAUGCUAGAAUCAUGACGGCUGCGCAACAACCUACCCAAGGAUGGGAAGACUUUAAUGACCUGAUGUAUUCCGUUUGGCAACUCACUUAUGUCGGGAACUUUCCUUGGGAGUCGCUUCUUUCAGUUGAUCGAUUAAUGGCGCAACUGUUAUGUGGAUCGUACAUUGCAGUGUCUGGAAUAGUUCUUCUGAAUUUAUUCAUUGCUUUGAUGUCGGAUACCUUCCAACGUGUGCACGACAAUGCAAAAGCUAAUGCAGCCAUGCAGCGAGCAAGUACAAUUCUGAGUCUUGAAGAAAGUAUGAGCCGAUCUGGACGAGAGAAGCAUCGUCGAUAUGUCCAUCAGAAACUCGCACCAGAGGAGUUGUACUACGAUGACGAUUCCACUGGUCCUCAGUCAGGAGAAUUAGAGAGAAUGACCCACCAAAUUAAAGAAGUCAUUGAUGAAGUGCUAGAAUGUGUACAGGAUGGAGGUACCAGUUCAUCAGAUACCAAUAGACGUGAUAAGCCGAGACAUUCCAGCAUAAUGAGGUUACAAGAAGAUUUAGCUCGUGCCUCAGAACUGCACGAAGAUGGUUUGAAUGCUGUGCGUCAAGAAAUGGCAGAUCUAAAGCAAGCAAUAAACAUUCUGAAGCUGACUCUCCAACAACAACAGCAGAAGCAUUCACCAUUGAUGUCUGGUAAUUCACAGCAAAUCUUUAGUUCACAACAUCUAACACCCGUUAAAAAUCAGGCUCCGUUGUCACAUCGCAAGAAACAUAAAAAGGAUCAGAGCUUCCCAGGGAAUGAAGAUGAGCGAUACGAUCAAGUUCCUUACGAAGGAUUACCCCUUCCCACAACAACAACCGUAGAUCAACUGCCUAGCGUUUCUGCCAUUACCGGUAGAAUAAAACGUCAUCAUCGAUAACACUGUUCACCUGUUACAGUGCGUUCACUCCACAUGACUUUUCAUAAGAGGGUUCAAAAGCUCAAGUCGUAAUUUGGAAGUUAACUACGAACUUUAUUGGCAAACUGAUUAAAUUUCGAUCCUCUUAGCAAAAGCAUUACCCUACUUUGUAAAGCAACUCAGUCAUCACUACUAAGCUUAGUGUAAACUAUGAAUUUUCGCGUGAAGCUAAGUAAGUUAGAAGUUCACAAACAAAGUUCGUUGUGAACUUCCAAAGUAUGACUUGCACUUCGGAACUUGUGAAGGAACUUCACAACCCGCUCGUCAUCUCUUCAGUCGGACUGUUAAAUAUUAAUACUGACCACUUUAUGUUGAUUUUUGUCAGUGUUCUUUUUAACCUGCCCCACAAAUAUGUUUAAUAUCUCUAUUAUGAUUAGUAUUAUGCAACUCUUAGAUGAGUGAGAUUGCAUGGCCCAGACCCACUUGAACGACUCAGCAUGAGUGAAUCGGUUUGCUGAAUCAUUUUGCAAGAAAAUUCCAUCGAGUAAGCAGGUUAGAACACAGGGAGCCCAAUUUAGAUUAAAUUGAAUGGUGAAAAUAAAAUCGAAAAAAAAAAAUAUAAAAAUAAUUUUUUAAAUUCUAGGUCAAGAUAAUGACCUUCGGAACAAAUGUUACAUAUAGACUAAGCUAAAAUUCAAUAUUUUUUGGAGGAGAGCGGAUCUCAUAUCACGUGGUAAUGACUUCACAUCUGUUUUAACUCUGAGUUGAAUUUUAGCCCUCAACCAUUAGCGAAACGGCUUUAUGUUGCCUAUGCCUAUAGUGUUUGUCUUCCUCUGGGCGCAGUUUCAAUAAAAUCUAUAAGAAAAAUUUGGAGACAUUUGAGGAAAUCUAAAUUAAGAGUAUAAUCUAUAUGAAAAUUAACAAUGGAUUUGCCGUAGCCAAAAUUGCUACUUCUAGGGUAACGAUUUACGAUAGAUAAAUAAAACACCGCUAAUUCUAUUGUCAUAUGUCCCUAACACUCCCUUGAAAAAUUAGAAGGUAAUGUAGUAACGCGAUCUCGCCAAAACGGAAAAUAUAUGAUUCAAGACAAAAAC